CAUUGAAUCAAUUACAAAACGCGGUUUUUGAGCCCAUUACGGUUGGACCUAGAGUGAGAGAAACAGAGGAGGGGACUACAGGAGAGGACUGAAGGCCGUGGACACAUUUUUUGCUCCAUAUGUAGGAUUUUCAUUGCGAAUUGACAUAGGAGGAGAAGGUCUCAGCCGAAAACAAUGCGAACGCCUAGCGUCGUGCCUGGGGCGCAGCGGCGGACGCGGGCGCUAAACCUGGGAGCGAGCGGUCGUUGCCCCCAGCCGCGGGGUGACUGAGCUGCCGAGGACGUGGACCAGCGGGAGGGUGAGCGGCCCGCUCGGUGUUCGUGUGGGCGUGGCGGGGCCGGAGGCCGGACGGUGCCAGCGCGGAACCACCCCGGCGAAGGUGGGCGAGCAGCGGUCCCCGCUGCGCUGUCGGGGACCCGGAGCCAGAGCGGCCGGCGGGAGCGAGGAGCUAGCCGGGGACAGAGAUGACAACCUGUUAAAGAAAGAAUAGUGGCUGCAAACAGAUUUGUUUCUCUGUUUACAUGACUGUAUAUGUUGGUUCAACUUGAAACAGUCUUGAUAACUACACCAGUCUUCACCACAUGCGAGUUCAGAUCCGAUUCUCCACUGCGCAGGUGGUACAGGGCCAGUCAAGUGGCCUCUGGGGCCUGACUGUCUCAUUUUCCAGAACUAUGGGGACUUCCUAUUGGGCACUCCUGGUCUUAGGCUGUCUCCUCACAGGGCCGAGCCUCAUCCUCUGCCAGCUUUCAUUACCCUCCAUCCUGCCCAAUGAAAACGAGAGGGUUGUGCAGCUGAAUUCAUCCUUUUCUCUGAGAUGCUUUGGGGAGAGUGAAGUGAGCUGGCAGUACCCCAUGUCUGAAGAAGAGAACCCCAAUGUGGAAAUCAGAAACGAGGAGAACAACAGUGGCCUUUUUGUGACGGUGCUGGAAGUGGUCAGUGCCUCGGCGGCCCACACAGGGCUGUACACUUGCUAUUACAACCACACGCAGUUGGAAGAAAGCGAGAUCGAGGGCAGACGCAUUUACAUCUAUGUGCCAGACCCAGAUGUAGCCUUCGUACCUCUAGGAAUGACAGAUUACUUGGUCAUCGUGGAGGACGAUGAUUCUGCCAUCAUCCCUUGUCGAACGACUGAUCCUGAGACACCAGUGAUCUUACUCAGCAGUGACGGGGUGGUACACGCCUCCUAUGACAGCAGACAAGGCUUUAAUGGAACCUUCACUGUCGGACCCUAUAUCUGCGAGGCCACCGUCAGGGGGAAGAAGUUCCAGACCAUCCCAUUCAAUGUUUAUGCUUUAAAAGCAACAUCAGAACUUGAUCUGGAAAUGGAAGCUCUUAAAACUGUAUAUAAGGCAGGGGAAUCGAUUGUGGUCACCUGCGCCGUCUUUAACAAUGAGGUUGUGGACCUUCAGUGGACUUACCCUGGACAAGUGAAAGGCAAAGGCAUCACAAUGCUGGAGGAAACCAAGGUCCCGUCCAUCAAAUUGGUGUACACUCUGAUGGUCCCCGAGGCCACGGUGAAAGAUAGCGGAGAUUACGAAUGUGCUGCCCGCCAGGCCACCAAGGAGGUCAAAGAAAUGAAGAAAGUCACCAUUUCUGUGCAUGAGAAAGGGUUUAUUGAAAUCAAACCCAACUUCAGCCCAUUGGAAGCUGUCAACCUGCAUGAAGUCAAACAUUUUGUGGUGGACGUGCAGGCCUACCCCGCUCCCAGGAUAGCCUGGCUGAAGAACAACCUGACACUGAUUGAGAAUCUCACGGAGAUCACCACUGACAUAGAAAAGAUUCAGGAAAUAAGGUAUCGAAGCAAAUUAAAGCUGAUCCGAGCUAAGGAAGAAGACAGCGGCCAUUAUACUAUUGUAGUUCAAAAUGAAGACGAUGUGAAGAGUUAUACUUUUGAACUCUUAACUCAAGUUCCAUCAUCCAUUCUGGACUUGGUCGACGACCACCAUGGCUCUAACGGGGGCCAGACAGUGAGAUGCACAGCUGAAGGAACCCCUCUUCCUGAUAUUGAGUGGAUGAUUUGCAAAGAUAUUAAGAAAUGUAAUAACGAAACUUCAUGGAUGAUUUUGGCCAACAAUGUCUCAAACAUCAUCACGGAGGUCCACCCCCGAGACAGGAGCAUGGUGGAGGGCCAAGUGACAUUCGCCAAAGUGGAGGAGACCAUUGCAGUCCGAUGCCUGGCUAAGAAUCUCCUCGGGGUGGAGAGCCGAGAGCUGAAGUUGGUGGCUCCCACUCUCCGUUCUGAGCUCACGGUGGCGGCCGCAGUCCUGGUGUUGCUGGUGAUUGUGAUCAUCUCACUCAUUGUCCUGGUUGUCAUUUGGAAACAGAAACCAAGGUAUGAAAUUCGUUGGAGGGUCAUUGAAUCAAUCAGCCCCGAUGGACAUGAAUAUAUUUAUGUGGACCCGAUGCAACUGCCUUAUGACUCGAGAUGGGAGUUUCCAAGAGAUGGACUAGUGCUUGGUCGUAUCCUGGGCUCUGGCGCAUUUGGGAAAGUGGUUGAAGGAACUGCCUAUGGAUUAAGUCGGUCCCAACCUGUCAUGAAAGUAGCAGUGAAGAUGCUAAAACCCACAGCCAGAUCCAGUGAAAAACAAGCUCUCAUGUCUGAACUGAAGAUAAUGACCCACCUGGGGCCGCAUUUAAACAUUGUGAACUUGCUGGGAGCCUGCACCAAGUCAGGCCCCAUUUACAUCAUCACCGAGUACUGCUUCUAUGGGGAUUUGGUCAACUAUUUGCAUAAGAAUAGGGACAGCUUCUUGAGCCGCCACCCAGAGAAGCCAAAGAAGGAGCUGGACAUUUUUGGAUUGAACCCUGCUGACGAAAGCACACGAAGUUACGUUAUUUUAUCUUUUGAAAAUAACGGUGACUACAUGGACAUGAAGCAAGCUGACACUACACAGUAUGUCCCCAUGCUGGAAAGGAAAGAGGUUUCUAAGUACUCAGACAUCCAGAGAGCACUGUAUGAUCGCCCAGCCUCAUAUAAGAAGAAAUCCAUGUUAGACUCAGAAGUCAAAAACCUCCUUUCGGAUGAUAACUCAGAAGGCCUUACUUUGUUGGAUUUGUUGAGCUUUACCUAUCAAGUUGCCCGAGGAAUGGAGUUUUUGGCUUCAAAAAAUUGUGUCCACCGGGACCUGGCCGCUCGCAACGUCCUCCUGGCGCAAGGGAAAAUCGUGAAGAUCUGUGACUUUGGCCUGGCCAGAGACAUCAUGCAUGAUUCGAACUACGUGUCAAAAGGCAGCACCUUUCUCCCGGUGAAGUGGAUGGCUCCUGAGAGCAUCUUCGACAACCUCUACACCACACUGAGCGACGUCUGGUCUUACGGCAUUCUGCUCUGGGAGAUCUUUUCCCUCGGUGGCACACCCUACCCUGGCAUGAUGGUGGAUUCUACUUUCUACAAUAAGAUCAAGAGUGGGUACCGGAUGGCCAAGCCUGACCACGCCACCAGUGAAGUCUACGAGAUCAUGGUGAAGUGCUGGAACAGUGAGCCAGAGAAGAGACCCUCCUUUUACCACCUGAGUGAGAUUGUGGAGAAUCUGCUGCCUGGACAAUAUAAAAAGAGUUAUGAAAAGAUCCACCUGGACUUCCUGAAGAGUGACCAUCCCGCCGUGGCACGUAUGCGCGUCGACUCCGACAACGCCUACAUUGGCGUCACCUACAAAAACGAGGAGGACAAGCUGAAGGACUGGGAGGGUGGCCUCGACGAGCAGAGGCUGAGCGCGGACAGUGGCUACAUCAUCCCUCUGCCUGACAUCGACCCUGUUCCUGAGGAGGAAGACCUGGGCAAAAGGAACAGACACAGCUCGCAGACCUCUGAAGAGAGUGCCAUUGAGACAGGUUCCAGCAGUUCUACCUUCAUCAAGAGAGAGGAUGAGACCAUCGAGGACAUCGACAUGAUGGACGACAUUGGCAUAGACUCUUCGGACCUGGUGGAAGACAGCUUCCUGUAACUGGCAGAUUCGGGGGGGACCUUCCACUCCUGGAACCAACUUGGAUCCUUUUAAGAAAACCACUUUACUGCAAUGCAAAGUUUGAGGGGAGAACUUGGAUGAUGUGUAAAGAGAAGUUCCCAGCCAAGGGCCUCAGGGAGCCUUCUAAAUACGAAUGAAUGGGAUAUUCUGAAAUGAACUUUUUUGUUGUGGCCUCUGGCAAUGCUUCAGUAGCAUCUCAUUGGCAUGUGAAGUUUGGAGGUAGAUGGGCAAGGAAAUAACGGGCCACAGAAGACAAACUUUGCGAUUCAGGGGCAUUGGUGAGAUUCCAACGUACACAACUUUUACUGCAACAAAACUCCAGCAUUGUAAUUAUGUAAAUAACUCUAACCAAGGAUGUGUUUUGAUUUGUAUUAACUAUCUUCCCUGGACUUCUGGAGAGACCACUCAGUCCACCCAUGUGCUUCACGCUUGAAACCUGGUAUCAGCUGCUGUUGAACUUUCUUAUGAAGUACAUGCAAAACCACUUUUGAACCUUAAAAGGUACUGGUACUAUAGCAUUUUACUUUUUUUUUUUUUAGUGUUGAGGUGAUAAAAGAUAAUAAUUAACCAACUUUGUUUAUUAGAUUUGGGUCAUUUAUAAGCCUGACAACUCAUUUUCAUAUUGUAAUCUACGUUUAUAAUAAUGCUACUGUUAUCAGUAACGCUAAAUGUGUAAUAUGUAACACGUUUUCCCUACAGAAAAAGCACAAUUUAAAAAAAAUCCUUACUAAGUAGGUGACAAGUUUGACAGUUUUUGACAUUUAUAUUAAAUAACAUGUUUCUCUAUAAAAUAUGGUUAUAGCUUUAGUGGAUUAAAUUUAGUUGAACAUAGAGAACAAAGUAAGAGUAGUGUCUUCCAGCAAGUCAGAGUUUUUAACUAUGUACUGAAUAGUUCCCUAAUCCAUCGUACUAAAAGCAAUUAACUGCCCUUUGAAGUAAUGCGAUUUGGAAUAAAUAAACAAAACCCCUAAAUCCUAAAUGUUCUCAAUAUUAAGGCAUGAGUCUCUGCCUAACAUGACUUCUCAUAUUAUUACCCAGUGGAAAAAGUAAUCAUCGGCAAAAAGACUGGAUUUGCAGAGAUUUUUUUCAUGCCUGGUGAUAAUCCUGGUGGAUCUCAACACAUAUAUAUUUUUAAUUCUGCGAACCCUGAAAAAGUCAGAAGGAUGCCCUGAACAGGAGCCCCAUUCCUUCAUUUCUUACCCCCAGGAGAAAUAGUUUGGAACUCUGAGACAAUAAAGGCAUUGUUUAGUGAAGGCUGUGUGUGCCUUAGCCUGGAUCCUUGGUCCCUAUAUGUAACUGGCAACCAGAAUCAUGAGAUUCUAUGUCCCCAUCUGAGAGAUUCGGAAUUAAUUAGGUCUGGGGGAGCAGAGACCUGUAUUUUUACAAACAUCCUGGCUGUUCUGAUCAGCCAGAUUUGGGGAACACCGGUGUAGAUGACAGGAAGUUGCCAUGGGAAAAAAAUAAUUUGAAAUAGAAAUCAACCACGUAGGAAGCCUGCUAUUUAAAUCUUUGGCUUUGGGUCAGUGACAUUUAAUGCCUUAUAUCUGGCAAUUGCUACCCUUAAUUUAAUUUUACAGUCUUAGCUGAGACUGAGCAAGCCAAAUCUUGGUUUGGUAGAUCUUCUCACUGCAUGGGGAACUGAACUCCCUCCCCACCAGUUUCCCGCCAAAAGGCAUGUACAAAAAUGAUGCAAUUCAGUGUACCAAGUCUCUGUAUGACCAGGUCACUAUUUUGGUGAAAAAAAUUUUUAAGUUUUACUGAUAUUUUGGGGUUAGAUGGGAGGACAGAUUGUCACAUCCAUCCAGAUUGUGAAACCGGUUGCUGUGGGUUCAUUGGCAUUCUGUGCAAUACCACUUAAUUGCUGACACCAUAUGAAUGAAACAUGGGCUGUGAUUACUGCAAUCACUGUGCGUACUCGUGGCAGGUGAUGCUUUGGAAGAUGUAGAAGCAAUAACAAGGUACUUGACUACCUACUGGUGUAAUCUCAAUGCAAGCCCCACCUUUUUCAUGGUAAGUGUGAAGACUGAGCCAGAUUGGCCAAUUAAAAAAGAAAACCUGACUAGGUUCUGUAGAGCCAAUUAGACUUGAAAUACAUUUGUGUUUCUAGAAUCACAGCUCAAGCACUCUGUUUAUCGCUCCCUGUCCCUCGUACAGCCUCCUUUUGUUGGUGCUUUGCAUUUUGAUGUCCUUUGAGUCUUGCAUGACAUCAUGAGGCUGGAUUAAAAUUCUCAGACCAGCAGGAUCUAGUCCUGAUGAAUGCUGUCACCUGAGUUUGUAUGUGGCUGCAUUUUUUUUUUUUCUCUCUUAAAUAGUGUUUUCAGUGUAUGACAGAUUUGUUUCCUUUCUGGCCUCCUGCAAAGACCCCAGAUGAAAAUUUGUCAAUCCUUCCUGCUUUCUAUUUUUAUGAAGACAAUCAAAGUUGGCCUGAGAAACACAAUUUGUGACUUUUUAAAUGAUUGAUGAUGUCCUUAAAAUGUGGUCUGCCAAUCUGUACAAAAUGGUCCUAUUUUUGUGAAGAGGGACGUGAGAUAAAAUGAUGUUAUACAUCAAUAUGUAUAUAUGUAUUUCUAUAUAGACUUGGAGAAUACUGCCAAAACAUUUAUGACAAGCUGUAUCACUGCCUUUGUUUAUAUUUUUUUAACUGUGAUAUUCCCCACAGGCACAUUAACUGUUGCACUUUUGAAUGUCCAAAAUUUAUAUUUUAGAAAUAAUAAAGAGAAAAAUACGUAAAUGUUCCCAAAACAGUGGUGUGGUGAAUGUUGGAGAACUAACUCGAUAGGAAGAGUCUACCGAUACAAUUGUAUUACAAAUUGCCCCAUUCAUGUUUUUGUUUUAAAACGUGUAAAUGAAGAUCUUUAUAUUUCAAUAAAUGAGAUAUAUAUAUAUAUAAUUUUAAAUUAUGCUAAGGUUUUAGCAUUUUUGUCUUUAGUUUAACCAUAAAUUAAACCAAUCCUGUUUAAUUUACUUUAGU